AUUAAAUAACAAGUUGAAAAUUUAAUCGCAAUUAUCAUUUAUCAGCUCUUUUGUUCAUUUCCCGCUCUUCAUCCCAAACUCAAACCCGAACCCCAAUCCGCCGGAGCAGAGUAGACAAAGAUCACUUCACGCAAACCAAAAGCUACCCUAAAAUUCCCUGUUUGAAGCUCAGCUGUUACUAAUCCCGAAAAUGGGAGAUCUUUCGAAAAAUCUCGACAGCCAAAAGUCGAUUUCUUACUGCGAUGAUAUGAUUAGGGUUUUGAAGGAUAAGAGGGAAAUUGACGUCUUGGUGCAGUCCUUUGAUAAUGUGAAGACCUUGCGAUCUUCCAGCCUCGCUGAUUUCAAUGAGGUUCAAAACAUGCUUCAAGAUUAUGAGAGCAAAAUUGCUGCGUGCAAGAAGAAAACAGAGGCUGCAAAAUCUGAGGUUGUUUCUGAUGCGGAAUUAGACCUUCUUAACAAAGAAUUAGAAGAAGAAUGCAACGAAGAAUGUUUGCUUUUGGAGGAGCUUAGAGUUAUCACUGAAGAAAUUAAUGAAUUAGAAUGCAAAAGGAUAUCUAUUCAGGAAAAGACAGAGAAAUUGAGGGAAUCCAAGCAAGAUGAGCGUAGGGCAGAGAGAACACUUUCUAUGUUUGCAUCUGUCACAAAUAUUAUUCCUGACCUGUAUGACCCGUCGAAAGUUUCAGGCCAUAUUGUCGACAGGGAUAAAAAGCUAGUCAAGCAAUUUGAAUUUGACCAAGAACAGAUGACUUCCUUUGAUACGUGUGAUAGCAUUUGGAAGAUGAUAGGUUCAUGAAAUCCACCAUUCAUAUUCCUUCUGCAAUGAUAAUAUAAAGGGGUUUAUGGCACUUGAUUGUGAUUUGUGGACUCUUCUUCCAUAUGUGAAGUGUGAAAACACACAAUUAACCAGUCAUUAGCGACGAGAUUAAUGCGAUAGAACCAGAAAGAAUUUUUAUCCAAAUCCUAAUUGCCUGUGUUGUUUUCUUUCUUUCUUCCUUUCUUUGAUCAAUUACACCUGUUUUUAUUCCUGAUAAAUUACAUGUAAUUAUUGAAGCUCAAUUUAGAUUUUGAUGAAAACUCAUGUUAUGCACAUUUUGUUUAAUUAGUGAACCUUUUUUUUCUCA